UCCCGCCCGCAGCCGCUGGGAUGCUGCUGCCGCGGGCGGGCCGUGCUGCGGGCCGGGCCUCGCCGCCGCUGGCCGCCCUGGCCCAGGUGCUGCGGCUGGAGCGGAGCCGCCGCACCGGGAUCGUGUUCCCGCUGCAGAAGCUGGAGCGGUACCUGGCGCCCGGCACCGACACGGCGCGGUUCCGCCUCUUCCAGCCCGGGCUGGCCGCCCUGCAGCGCGCCGAGGCGCUCUUCAGGUCCGACCGCGGGCACCCCAUCGACUACGUGAGCUCCGCCGUCCGCAUGGACCAUGCCCCGCCGCCGGCCCUGCCCGAGGUGUGCUUCAUCGGCCGAAGCAAUGUGGGGAAAUCAUCUUUAAUCCGGGCCUUGUUUUCGCUGGCUCCAGAAGUGGAAGUUAGAGUGUCAAAAACUCCGGGCCAUACCAAGAAGAUGAAUUUCUUCAAAGUGGGGAAGUACUUUACUCUGGUGGACAUGCCAGGAUACGGCUAUCGUGCCCCGCAGGACUUUGUUGAGAUGGUGGAGGCCUAUCUGCAGGAACGGCGCAACUUGAAGAGGACUUUCCUAUUAGUUGAUGGUGUAGUUGGACUCCAGAAAACGGAUAACAUUGCGGUAGAGAUGCUGGAAGAGUUUGGGAUUCCUUAUGUGAUGGUAUUAACAAAAAUUGAUCGAGCUUCCAGGGGAGUGUUGUUAAAGAACGUACUGGAGAUCCAGGAGUUUGUAAAGGAGAACACUCAGGGAUGCUUUCCUCAGCUGUUCCUGGUCAGAUGCAGCACCUCUCUGUGCCCCAAGGAUGGAGGGUGGGCUGCUGAUGGGGAAAAGUCCCUUUCCCUCUUUCCCUUUUUCUGCAAUUCUGUGGAGUUCUCAGGGGUUCAUUUGCUCAAGUGUUUUGUAGCCCAUGUUACUGGAAACCUACCCACUGUAGAGGCCAGCUGAAAAGACCAACUCCUGCUCUGCUUGGCUCAACCAGAACAAAAGUAGGUACAGCAGGAUAGCAUGCCUUGCUUGCAGCACUGAGUUGUCCCUGUUCCACAAGGAUGAAGGCAAGAACGCAUCUUUGAUGGGGUCUGCUUUUCCAUCACUGUUGGCUUGAAACAGAGUGGAAUAAAAGACUAACAUCUAGAGGAGCCCUCUCCUGCACAUUGUCAUCAGUGCUGCAUCUACCUCCUGUUUUGAGAUCCAGCACGAAGUUCUGCAGCUGCACGUGGAUGAAUUGCCAGAUCUGAGGCACACCAUCCAUGAUCUGUGUCGCUCCACCCUGGCAGCUGAAGCACAACACUGAUGUGCCCUGUGCCUUUUAGGGGAACUGUGUCCCACAGCAGCUGUGUCUGGCUAAGAGCACCUGAAACUGUCCAGUUACAAGGCGCAGAACUGGACAAAAGGACAGCCAUCAAUAGCAGCACUCAUACAGGAGAACUUAGUCUGAAGCUACCAAGUGCCUGUGUCAAACCCUCGCACUCAGUCUUUGUCAUGUCUUAACAUGGCCAAAUGUGGUUAUGCAGUUGUCAAAGUUACUUGCAUUAAGUGUUUAAACCUCAAGAACGGAAAGUUCUUUUUUAAACCACUCUGAGGGUGCAAAAGGACUAGAAAUAUCACUUUCUUUCACCGUGCAAUUUCUUGUAACAAACUAGACAUGAGGCAAGAUCUUGUUUUCAGCAUAUGUGUAAGGAGUGGAGAAUGUGAGGAAUGAUGUAGAUUUGGCUCUCUAGCUUCUGCAUCUUAGCAGUGAUCAAACCUGUAAUUCUGUUUAUAUUUUAUCUCUAAUCCCAAAUUGCUACAGAGCAAACUUGCCCAGGGGAUGCAUGAUCCUAGAAGUGCAGCAGUAGCUAUACAGAUAGAACAGGUGAAAGUGAACACUUCAGGAAGGAUCUUUCCUUAGUAUCUUAAAACCAGGAUCUUCCAAAAGGAUCAAUCCUGUCAAGGCUGUAAUUUUCAAGGCCUCAGCCUUGACUGAAGAGCUUCUGAAAAUAACCCUAAAAAUGUAAAACAGUGCAGUUCUGGUUUUAGUCCCUCUUCAGAACAAACCCCCUUACAUUACAUUAUGGUACAAUCCCUUACAGUGCUAGGAAGUCUUUUACUAACCACUUAAAUACAUUAAAUAUGUCCAGUUAAUCCAUUUGUAUAAACAAACUGGAUGUGUGUGCAUGGAACAUUAGGUACCAUCUUCUCCAGAAGAAGCAGCUUUACCUCUGGACACAUCUUGGUUUUAUUCAGAAGUGCUUCAAAUACUGGAAUAACUCCUGCAUUUUGCUCAGUCAUUUGCAAGAGAGAACACUAAAGUUUGAUUCUUGAGUGUGACAGUGCCCCUGUGACAAAACAGUAAAUAAAAUCAAGUCCUCUCCCUAAA